UUCAAAAAAAAUAAUAAUAAUAAAAAAAUAAAAGAAAAUGGCAUUUUCGCAAAUUCAACUCAGAUCCAUAAGCCUGCCAUCAAGGCUGCACCCAAUCAACUCCACAGGAUUUGAAUCUGAGUUACAAAAGCUCAGAUCUUCAAAAACUGCUCCUUUUUCCUCGGAAGCAAUCCAACGUGGCAUCCUGGGAUUGGCUGAGCUCUACAACUCCAUUGAAGAACAACAGUCACUCUCUUCCAACAAGCAUCAUCGCAAUCAAGCAAUCGAAGAAUCUCUGGAGGAAUCUAUCGAGAUUCUAGAUUCUUGCAGCAGCAUCAGGGAAUUAGUUCAGAUGAUCAAGGAAAACACACAAGCCCUCCAGUCAGCACUCCGCCGCAAGGGCGGCGUGGACCCCACCAUACAAAACGACGUCGCUUCGUAUUUUUCGUUCAGAAAAAAGACGAACAAAUCCAUAGCCAAAGCUCUCAGAACACUCAAGAAUAAUGCAUCUUCAUCAAAAAAUAUUCAUGAUGACGAUUUCACUAGGGUUAUGAGGGAGGUGAAUGACGUCACCAUUGCAAUCUUCAAGUCUGCUCUGGUUCACCUGUCGUCUUCUCCGGCGGUUAAAUCCGGCGGCUGGAAUCUGGUCUCGAGGCUGAUGGUGGCGGCGAAAUCUGCGGAUUGUAGUGUUAUUACCGAGGUGGGGUGUGUGGAUAUUGCACUGAAAAACCUUCAAGUGUGUGUAAAGAAUGGAGAUUCGAAGAUUUUCGAUGCGCAGACGGUGGCGCGAAGGAGCUUGCAGAAUCUUGAUUCUUGUGUGGAAGGAAUUGAAGUUGGAUUAGAGAAGCUGUUUAGGCAGCUGUUGCAGAGUAGAGUUGCACUUUUAAAUAUUCUUACCGAUGAUCAUAAAAUGGCAACCCAAUUACAAACACACACAAGAUCAAUCAGUUUGCCGUCAAGAUUGAAUCCAACAAAUUUCGAAUCCAAGUUACAAAAGAUUAAAUCUUGUCAGAUUGUUUCUGCAUUUCCGUCGGAAGAAAUUCAAUCUGGUCUUGUGGGGCUUGCGGAACUGUACAAUUCUGUGCAGUUCUCUACAGUUUCUCAAGAUGAGAAAUUAAUUGAAGAAUCGCUUUCGGGAUCCGUGCAGUUGCUGGAUUCUUGCGGCGCUAUUAGAGAACUUUUGCAGAUGAUGAAGGAGAAUAUCCACGCGCUUCAAUCAGCACUGCGGAGAAAGGGAAUAUUAUUGGAAUAUUCCGCCGUCCAAAACGACGUCGCUGCGUACUUCUGCUGCAGGAAGAGAAUGAAUAAGCUGGUAGCGAAGAGCCUUAAGAAACUCAAAGCUUUGGAGAAUAUUCCGGUGAAUAUUCUUAACGGAGAGCUGACGGGGGCUACCGUUGCGGUUUUCAAGAGUAUUCUAGUUUUCUUGUCUGGGCCGCCGCCGGCGAGUCGGUGGUCUUUGGUGUCGAAGAUGAUGGCCGGGAAAUCUGCCGGAGAAAAUAACGGCGGUCGUGUGGAGUUUGCUCUGAGAAGUCUGCAUGGGAAAACGAGGAGCGGUACUAACGGAGGGGUGACGGCGGUUGACGUGCAAUUGGUGCAAAAGGGUCUGCAAAAAGUUGAUGCCGUUAUCGAAGGGUUUGAGGGAGGGUUGGAGAGAUUAUUCAGACAGUUGAUUCAGAAUAGAGUUGCACUUCUUAACAUCAUUACCGAUAAUUGAGAUUUUUUUUUUUAAA